UAAUUUUGUUGUUGAAACUUCAUAAGAAUUAUUAACUUUUUUUCAAAAUUAUCAUUUAUAUUAUCCUAUUUAUUGUAUCUGGCUGCACAGCAACAACUCCAUAAAGAAUAAAACUACUUGUUUUGUCCGAAAUGUUCAUAAAGAAACGGACAGCAGAUAUGGCUCUGUAUAUAAAUAGUUCAUUCUUAGAACAAAGUUAAUUUCCUACUCACCAAAUAUUGCUGCACUUGACACUCGAAAAUCAUGGUUCCUGCUUCUGAUCUUGAUGAUCAUCUCAUCCAUCCCAUGAAAGUUCCGCUAAUUGACUUAUCCCUUCUCAGCCAAGAUUCUCAUUCAAGAGAUAUUGUCAUCAAACAAAUUCAACAAGGUUGCCAGAAUUCUGGAAUUUUUCAGGUAAUACAUCAUGGGAUUCCCAAAUCAGUCAUUGAUGAAGCCUUAGAAGUCAACAGAAGUUUCUUUGACAUGCCAGAGGCUAUGAAGAAGGAUCUUUUGGAUAAUGGUGCCGCCGGGGACCUUUUCUGUCCGGUGAAGUUAAUUAAUUUCGCAAGCGGAGCUCCGGGAAAUAACCAGCUGCUCCAGAGAGACCUGUUAAGGCUUCAUGCCAACCCUUUGGAAGAAGUUGUCGAAUUUUGGCCUAAAAACCCUGCUGACUAUAAGGAGAAGAUGGGAAGGUACACAAAGAAAGUGAGGAAACUAGGCAGCGAGAUGUUUGAAGCCAUCAUGGAAAGCUUGAAUUUGUCUGCAAAAAAUUACCUUAAAGAAGAUUUUGAAAAUGGAUUUCACGCACUCGUCGCCAACUGUUACAGAUCAAAUCCAAAUUCAUCCAACAUAAAGAUAGGUGCACCUGCACAUUCAGAUCAUAGUAUCAUCACAAUCCUCUUGCAAAGUUCUCCAGGGCUUCAAAUCUUAGAUAUGGCUGAUGGGAUCUGGAAAUCAGAUCCUGAGAUUGAAGGGUCCCUCCAAGUCUUUGUCGGGGAUCAUUUGGAAGUAUUAAGCAAUGGAAUAUACAAGAGUGUGAUGCACCGUGCGAUACCAAUUAGUACUAAGGAAGAUAGGAUUUCUAUAGCUAGUUUUCAUAGUUUUGGAAUGGACAUGAUUGUUGAGCCAGCUCAAGAGUUGAUCGAUGGUGAUGAAGAUUCCCCAAAAAGAUAUAACGGGUGCUGCGCAAGAGAUAUUAUGACCCACAUCGCUUCAGGAAAAACAAACCGCCUCAUUGAUGUAGAUAUGAACUUGUAAUUUUGAGAGAAACUUUGCCUCCAUUUUGACUUUUUUUUAAAACAAAGGAAAAGAAGAAGAAAAUCGAAUUUUCAUAAGGUUUUGCGUCUGAAAAAGAUUUUGAGAUUUGUUUUGCAAUUAGACCGAAGACCAGCACUUGGAUGAAUUAGUU